GAUUUAAUUAACACAGACAAAACAAAAGAAUACAAAAUAUGCAGUUUGUUUACUCAGCUUCCUGAUAUUCAAAUUGUUGUGGUGAAACUGUAAGGAGCACGACAACAAGGUCAGUGGUUCUCUACAUUUAUAAUUUAUUUAAAAAGUGUAUGGAUACGAAGGACGUAUUGUGCAUGUAUUGGUUUAACACAGUUCUAAUUUCACUUGUGUCUUACAAAAUGGUGAGUGGACCAGUUUACAGUUUCAUAAGUCAAGGUAAUGUGGUCUUUCAAAUGAUGCCAGCAAGUUGACCCACAUUUGUUCUGAGUUUGCACAGUGAUGCAUUACACCAGACACAGCAAACAGUUCUAUUGAUCCAGUGCUGGAUUUUAGUUAAGAUAAUAAAUAGAUUACUCAUUGUGUGUGAAGUCCAUGCUAGAUCAGAUGAUCCUCAAGCUGCAAAGCAGUGGUUCCAAAUUAAACCUGAGGGGUCAUAAGACAAUUAAAGAAAUAAGAAAGGGAAAAUAUGUAAACAAUGUGAAAUUCUGGACAUUUCUACCUCUUUAAGUCGGUAAAAGUCCUUUAAAUGAAAUAAAUGUUGUAAGAAAAUGUCCACACUAAGGCAUUAAUAUGUGGCACAGGGUUACAGCAGUAAAUCUUGUGUUUAAAUAGUGACAAACCUCAUUGUCAUUAGCGUGUGUGGGAGUUAUAGUGCCUUACAAUUAAAAAGACCAUGUUUGUCAGUAAGUCAGUGCAUCCUGAGCAGCGGUGUGAUUCAGUGCAGUGAUACUGUCUCUCUCUCUGUCCCCACUGCUCUGCAGACAAGUGAUGGCUGCCCCCAACUUGUUGCGGGUAGGAACAGCAGAAAACAUCUUUGUGGGGUGUCAAGAUUGCACCGGAGGUGACAUCAGGGUCGAAAUCACAGUGAUGACCUUUCCAACCAAAAGCAAUCUGGCAACCACAUCUGUGACCCUUAGUGAAACAAGCGGCUUCCAGAGUUUCGGACAAAUUACGAUCCCUGUUGAGACCUUCAGUAAGGAUCCUAACAUGAAGCAGUAUGUGUACCUGCAAGCUCAGUUCCCUGACCGUCUGCUGGAGAAAAUCGUCUUAGUCUCCUUCCAGUCUGGCUACAUCUUCAUCCAGACCGACAAGACCCUCUACACCCCCGACAGCACAGUUUAUUACAGGAUGUUUGCAGUGACGCCCAAUAUGGAGCCAGUAGAGAGAGAUGGCAAAAACCAAUCUGCUCCCUCUAUUGAUAUUGAGUUUGUGACCCCUGACGACAUCAUUAUGCCACUUGAUUCAUUCUCUCUGAAAUCAGGCAUCCACUCUGGACAUUUCAAACUGGGUGAAAUUGUCAGUCCUGGACUGUGGAAAGUGGUUACCAGGUUCCACAGCAACACACAGCAGAGCUUCUCUACAGAGUUUGAAGUCAAAGAAUACGUGCUGCCCAGUUUUGAGGUUAAACUGACGAUUCCGGAAUCCUUUGACCCCUUCUUCUAUGUGGACAGCGAAGACUUCACUGUCGACAUUAAAGCUACGUAUCUGUUUGGUGAAAAGGUGGAUGGGACAGCCUACGUGGUGUUUGGGGUUGUGCAGGAUGGUCAAAAGAACAGCUUUCCCAGCUCUCUUCAGAGAGUGCAGGUCAAGGAUGGUGUUGGAAAGGUCACAUUGAAGAAAGAGCACAUCACACAGACCUUCUCAGACAUCAAUGCGCUGGUGGGGAAGUCCAUAUAUGUAGCUGUCAGCGUGCUGACAGAGAGCGGUAGUGAAAUGGUGGAGGCAGAGUUGAGAGGCAUCCAGAUUGUCACAUCACCUUACACCAUCCACUUCAAGAAAACACCCAAAUAUUUCAAACCAGGAAUGCCCUUUGAUGUUAUGGUUGAAGUUCUGAAUCCUGAUGAGACUCCAGCACGAGGUGUUGCUGUGAUGGUCGACCAAGGCCAGGUGCAAGGCGACACUGCAUCCGAAGUCCUCACUGCACCCAAUGGCAUGGCUAAGCUUACUGUCAAUACAGCGGUGGGGGUUGAGAAUCUGAUGAUCACCAUAAAGACCAACGAUCCUCAUAUUUCACCUGGAAGGCAAGCAUCAGCCACCAUGGUAGCUCUCCCAUAUACUACCAAAAACAAUAACUACAUCCACAUAGGGGUGGAUACAGCUGAGAUGGAAUUAGGGGGAAACUUGAAAAUCAACCUCAACCUCAACAGGCAGCAAACUCAAGAUAAAGACAUCACAUACCUGAUCCUGAGCAGAGGUCAGCUGGUGAAACACGGCCGUCACAGGUCAAAAAGACAAACACUGAUUUCCCUGUCAUUUCACAUCACCAAAGAGAUGCUGCCAUCAUUCCGCAUCAUAGCCUUCUACCAUACAGAUGACAAUGAAGUGGUAUCAGACUCUGUUUGGGUGGAUGUCAAGGACACCUGCAUGGGCUCGCUGAAGCUGGAAUCAUCGAGACCUGCUCCAGCCUAUGAGCCUCGCAGGAUGUUUGGUCUGAAGGUCACAGGAGACCCAGGGGCCAUAGUGGGACUGGUGGCAGUUGACAAAGGCGUCUACGUCCUAAACAACAAGCACCGCCUCACCCAGAAAAAGGUGUGGGACCAAGUAGAGGAAUACGACACAGGCUGCACACCAGGUGGAGGAAAGGACAGCAUGAGUGUGUUCUACGAUGCUGGGCUGUUAUUUGAGUCCAGCUCCGCUUCUGGGACCCCCUACAGACAAGAAUUGAAAUGUCCAGCCCCCAGCAGGAGGAGACGAGCCACUACUAUAACGGAUGUCACGACCAGCUUAGUGAAGCUAUUUAACGAAACCCUGCAACGUGACUGUUGUUUGGAUGGCAUGAGGGACACCCCCCUCUCAUACACCUGUGAGGUGCGCAGCGAGUACAUCACUGACGGUACAGCCUGUGUCGAGGCCUUCAUACACUGCUGCAAGGAGCUGGAAAGACAGCGAGCUGAGAUGAAGCAUGACAGCCUCAUAUUGGCUCGCAGUGAGGAAGAUGACAGUUACAUGGACAGCAAUGAGAUUGUUACACGCACCAAUUUCCCUGAAAGUUGGCUGUGGAUAGAAAUCAAUCUGCCUGCUUGCCCUCCAAAUAAACCUAAUUGCAACCCAACAGUCUAUGAGAGAGAUGUCCCUUUGAAAGAUUCAAUCACAACCUGGGAAUUCACUGGCAUUAGUCUGUCAAGAACUCACGGAAUCUGUGUUGGCGAUCCGUUAGAGGUAAUUGUCCGGAGGGAUUUCUUCAUUGAUCUCAGGCUGCCUUACUCUGCUGUCCGUGGAGAGCAGAUAGAAGUUAAGGCAAUUCUCCACAACUACAGCCGAGACCGUCUCAGAGUGCGUGUGGAUCUGAUUGAAGCAGAGCAUGUGUGCAGUUCAGCCUCUAAGCGUGGAAAGUAUCGUCAGGAGGUUGAAGUUUGGCCCAAAACAACACGGUCUGUACCCUUUAUCAUUAUUCCCAUGAAGGCAGGAGAAUACCCAAUUGAAGUCAAAGCAGCUGUUAAAUACUCACAUCUCAGUGAUGGAAUCAAGAAGAUGCUGCGGGUGGUGACUGAAGGCGAAUUGGUUAAAUCUACAGAAAGUAUAACUCUGGACCCUAAAGGUGGUAAACAAGAAGAAAUUAUGAACAGUACAAUUCCUCAGAAGGAUUUGGUUCCAGACACACCUUCUAGCACACAGAUCUCUGUGACAGGGAGAGAGCAAGUAAGUGAACUGGUGAAGAAUGCCAUUAGUGGGAUGUCAAUGGGUAGUCUGAUUGUCCAGCCCUCAGGCUGUGGAGAGCAGAACAUGGCCGGCAUGACCCUGCCUGUCAUUGCAACCACAUAUUUGGACAAAACCAACCAGUGGGAAACCAUUGGCCUUCAGAAACGUGGCGAAGCUCUGCAACACAUCAAAACCGGCUACCAGAAGCAGCUGAAUUACCGUAAGGAGGAUGGUUCUUUUGCUAUUUUCCCCCGUAGAAAAAGUACCACGUGGCUGACAGCAUAUGUUGCCAAGGUUUUUGCCAUGGCCAGCAGUCUGGUGGUAGUGAAAAGAAAUGAUGUCUGUGACGCUGUCAAGUUUCUAAUUCUCAAUGCACAACAACCUGAUGGCCUGUUUAAAGAAGUUGGACAAGUGUAUGAUGCAAAGAUGACUGGUGAUGUGAGUGGCACAGAUUCAGAUGCCUCCAUGACGGCCUUCUGCCUCAUUGCUAUGCAGGAGUCACGCACACUAUGUGCUUCCACAGUGAAUAGUCUGCCAGGCAGUAAAGACAGAGCUGUUGCCUACCUGGAAAAGCGUCUGCCUAGCCUCACCAACCCAUAUGCUGUUGCCAUGACAUCAUAUGCCCUGGCCAAUGAAGGCAAACUGAACCGGCAGAUCCUCUACUCCUUUGUUUCUCCAGAUUUAUCCCACUGGCCUGUACCCAAGGGACGUGAGUACACCCUAGAAGCCACAGCUUAUGCCCUUCUGGCUUUGGUCAAGGCUGAGGCCUUUGAGGAUGCCAGACCUGUUGUGAGAUGGUUCAACAAACAGCAGAGAGUGGGUGGAGGCUAUGGAUCAACUCAGGCUACCAUAAUAGUGUAUCAGGCCAUAACUGAGUACUGGGCAAAUGCACAAGAACCACAGUAUAAUCUGAAUGUCGACAUCCUAUUGCCAGGCAAGCCAAAGCCUGACCAGUUCAACUUCAACAAGGAGAACCACUAUGCCACCAGAACAUCUAAAUUCAAUGGUAUAAACCAAAAUGUGAAAGUGACUGCUGUGGGCACCGGAGAAGCAACGCUGAAAAUGGUGUCACUGUAUUACGCUCUGCCUAAAGAAAAGGAGAGUGACUGUCAACAGUUUAACCUGUCUGUGCAGCUCGUCCCAGAGAAAAUGGAAGAUGAUGAGAAGAUAUACAAGCUGAAAAUAGAAGUUUUCUUUAAGGACAAGGAGCGUGAUGCAAAAAUGUCAAUCUUGGAUAUUGGCUUGCUAACUGGCUUCACCGUUAACACAAAAGACCUCGAUUCAUUGUCCAAAGGACAUGCCCGCACUAUUGCAAAAUAUGAGAUGAACACGGUCCUGUCAGAAAGAGGCUCACUCAUCAUCUACCUGGACAAGGUUUCUCGUGAACGUCCAGAGGAGAUUGCUUUUAGGAUUCAUCAGAAGCUGAAAGUGGGCGUCUUACAACCAGCUGCUGUGUCUGUCUAUGAAUACUAUGAACAGACACGUUGUGUGAAAUUCUACCAUCCACAGAGGACAGCUGGCAAGCUUUUGAGGCUCUGCAAAAAUACUGAAUGCACAUGUGCUGAAGAGAACUGCAGUAUGCAGAAGAAAGAAGGAAUCACCAACCAUCAGCGCACAGCUAAGUUAUGUGAGACUACACCGACCAGCACAAUUGAUUUUGGGUACAAAGUGAGAGUGGAAAACUCUGAAUACGUUGGGUCCACCGACAUUUAUACAAUGCGGAUACUGGAAGUCAUCAAGGAAGGAAGUUCUGAUGUGGGUCCUCAGGGUAAGCUGCGCGCGUUCCUGAGUUAUCCACAUUGCAGAAAGGCUUUAGAUCUGAAGCCUAACAAAACCUACCUUAUCAUGGGCACAUCCAAAGAUAUUUUCUAUGAUGACCAGGAGGAAUCGUAUCAGUAUGUACUUGGUGAGAGAACCUGGAUCGAGUACUGGCCUACGAACGCAGACUGUCAAACUGCGGCAUACAGACGGACCUGUUUGGGCAUUGAGGAGAUGAUCGGUAUUUUCGAAGACCAUGGAUGUCAGCAGAAACUCAGGAUGAUUUUGUAGGAGACAUGCAGCUGUGUGACAUCAUAUUUCCUGAAGGAGCUGAGAUGUACCUGAAAUGGAAAAGAAGAAAGGAGAAGCUUUUUGGCUUAUGAAGAAAAAUAAUAAAGUUACAAGAGUGUUUUUUUGUGAUUGAUUCAUGAUAUCCUUUGUAUAUUCAAUUGAAUAUUAUAUAUUUAAACAGCUGUGUGUCAUGCCUCUUUUAUAUGUCACAGGCGCCAAAAAGACUUCCGCAAAGGAUACACCUGUGCAUCCUCACUCAUAGCUCCUCCGGCAAGCCUCCUCUCUCCUCCAGAUGCAUUUUAGGAAUAGAGACAUCCUUAAACAUGAUGUGCUGGGAUUGAUUUCUAGGUCACGGGCAGGAGGACAGAGGAGAGAGGAGACGAGGAGGCACAAAAUAGAGAAAUGAGAAGAGCCCAUUGGGUGCUUUUCAUUACGCUAACGUGUCUCCUCGUUUCCCUCACUCGCAUCUCUUCCUCACGCCUCAGCUCCCCCCAGUGAGGAUGAGAAGACCCCACUUCUAAGAGGGAGACACAGAAAAGCCAGAUUGGACUUUGCCAAACUGCAUGUUCACAAGCCAC